UUUUUGUUUUGCACCAUCAUUCGCGCCGGGUUGUCAGUGGAUUUCUUAUAUAUAUCAACAUCAUUUGCGAUAUAUAUAAUUUGUUUUCUGUUAGCCGUAUUUUGCAAUUUUAAAAUACAUAGCUGGGUGGUACGAAUAUGCAAAAGUACUUCUGGCCGGUACUGCUGCCCAUUCUUUUUCUGGCAUACUCGCUGCCGCUGUUCCUGCGCGUCUACGCCACUGCUCCGAACGUAAUCGAUGAGGAAUUCCACCUGCGUCAGGGAUUGCAUUUUUGCAAUAAGCGUUUUGAUGUAUGGGAUCCAAAAAUUACCACAUUCCCCGGUCUCUACCUUUUCUCGCUGAUUCUGAUACCAUUGAACGCUUGUACGGAAUUGGGCUUGCGAUGCAUAUCGCUAGCAGCCGCAACAGUAAAUGUUGUGACGCUAUAUAAAAUACGUCGCCGCUUACUUGGCAGUGCGCACGGGCAGCUCGCUGCGCUGGAUGCCAUCACUUUGGGUACUUUGCCGCCGCUGUAUUUCUUCAGUCAUCUAUACUAUACCGACACACUAUCGCUAACAACGGUGCUCUUAUUCUACUAUUAUUGGCACAAGGAGUCGCAUUUACAGGCGGCAGUCUUUGGUGCGACUAGUGUGCUGGUGCGUCAGACCAAUGUGGUCUGGGUGGCUAUGUGCUUUGCUAUAAUGGCACUGGAUGUGAUGAGCGGCAACUAUGCGCGUGUCAAAGGUAUUAAAAAGCAGCAGGUAGAGCUGCUUAAUCCAAAGGUGCUUUGGGACAUGCUCACCUCAUACAGACUGCUAGGGCGCAGCAUUUGGCAAAUUUUGCGUAAAGGCUGUUACUACCUCAUCAUUAUACUGCCGUUUGUGUUCUUCGUGUUUCUCAAUGGCUCCAUUGUCAUAGGCGAUAAACGCGCACAUGAAGCCACCAUGCAUUUACCGCAGAUAUUCUACUUCAGUCUCUUUGCGGCGUUCUUCGGCGUCUCCAAUACAAUGCAUGAGUGGCAGUCCACCCUGCGUUGGUUGUCGCGCGAAAAAUUAAUUGUGCUUUUCUUGCUCGGCGUUGGAGUACUCACGGUCAAAUGGAAUACGCUCGUCCAUCCAUAUUUGUUAGCCGACAAUCGUCAUUACACCUUUUAUAUAUGGAAUCGUUUCUACGGCCGCUAUUUGUGGUUCAAGUAUGCUAUGGUUCCUGUUUAUGUAUUUGCUUUGGCGCUGCUACACUGUGGCCUGCGGCAUAUGCGCACCAGCUUUAAAUUGAUGUUUUGGAUUGCAACGCUGCUGGUUUUGUGCUUCCAGCGUUUGCUGGAACCACGUUACUUUAUCAUUCCUUUCGUCUUGUACCGCUUGCACACACAGCCGCUUGCUAAAAGUCGUUGGGCAGAGUGGCUGGAGCUGGCCAGCUAUGUGGGGAUCAAUGCGCUCACAUUUUUUAUAUUUUUUACCAAAGAAAUCACUUGGAUGGACUUCAAGGAACCACAGCGCAUUAUUUGGUAGAGAUUAGAGCAACUUAGAAGUUAAAUGCGUUAAGAGGGCGAGGCCCCAAAUAUAAAGGCUAUUUAGAAACAGCAUUGUAUUUUUAUUUAAUUAAACAAAGUGCUGCUUGAAGUCGCAAAACACUUGCAAGCUAAGCGCCCAGGAAAAAAUACAAAACUUCUCGAUUUACUUAAAUAAAAGACAACAUAAUAUUCGAGGAAAUUUAA